UUUUUUACAGGUGUUAUGCUAAUACAAGCCAAAUCAUACAUUACAGGCGAUGAAAUGGCCACAAUCACUGCCACACAGCGUGUGGUGAAUAAUCAUCUGACCAAUUUCAAUUAUCACCAUUUGUCAAGUGUAAUUAAAUACUUGAAUAAUCAACAACAAACACCACAACAGCCACAACAGCCAAAAACAUGGACAACAACUAAUGCAUUAUCAAUAUCGCAAAGAUAUUUUGAGAAGAUUGCUCCAGCAUCCGUAGGCAUUCCUGCAUUGAUGAAUCAAAAUUUUUAUGAUAUGCAGGAUUCUGGAUCAGAUGCAUCUGGUCAUGACGGCUAUGGUAGACACAGGAGACAUAAUAGGGACAAGGAACCUAUAUUUCAAUGCCCUGACUGUGACAAAAGGUAUCGCUCUAAAACAAGCUUAAGUUUACAUAAACGUCUUGAAUGUGGAAAAGAACCAGCCUUCCAGUGUCCAUACUGUCCGCUCAAAACACAUCAAAAAGGUAACCUACAAGUGCAUAUAAAAAAGAAACACAACGAUCAUGGAGAACUUAAUAGGACUUAUUGAAUUUUACUAGUAUAACUACAUUGGUCUGAUAAAUAUUUAGAGAGAUGAUAGUGCCAUCCCCUAGAGUCAUAACUUUUAAUUUAUUUCGUUAAUUAUAGAAAUAUUCAAAUGAUUUUGAAUAUAUAAAAAACCAUAACAUAAAUAAAUUAAAAAGUCUGGUUCUAAAACUCAUUCGUACAAACCAUAAUUUAUAACUGUUAUUUUUACUUUAAUAUUU